AUGGAUCCAGUUAAGGCCAGAGCAGUUUCCGAAUGGCCAACCCCAGAUUCCCGCAAGUCCUUACAAAGGUUUCUGGGGUUCACCAAUUUUUACCGCCAUUUCAUUAGAAACUACAGCCAGCUCGCCACACCUCUGAUGGAUCUCACCUCCACCCAUACUAAGUUUUGUUGGUCCUCGUGGGCAGAAGAGUUUUCUAAACUGAAAGAGAAGUUUACUACUGCCUCCAUUCUUAAUACUCCCGACCCUUCACAUCAGUUCGUGGUGGAGGUGGAUGCGUCAGAGCUCGGUGUCGGUGCUGUUCUGUCACUGCGCUCUUCCUUGGAUGGGAAGGAGCUCAUUGUCUUUGGGGCAAGCAACAUCUUUGGAGGAGCAUUCAAGUCUCUAGCAGCCAGCACAGCUCUGUCCAGAAGUGCAGUUCAAGAGAGCACUGGAGGAAAAACGCAGAUAGCUGUUUUUUUCUCUGCCAUAAUCGUGCUGGCAGCGUUCUUGUUGGAACCAUUACCAAAGUUGGUGCUGGGCGCCGCGAUAAUUGUGAACCUGAAAGGAAUGUUGAUGCAGCUGGUUGAAGUCCCUUUCCUGUGGAAGAAAGACCGUCCUGACUUUGUUGUUUGGGUGGGCACCUGUGUGGCUUCCAUUAUACUGAUGUUGGAUUUAGGACUUGCUGUUGGUCUUGGACUGGCGCUGCUUACUGUGAUCUUCAUGGCACAUUUGUGA